AUGAAAGUUGCUCGUGAUCGCGGAGACUGCUCAGCGAAAAGUCCGUGGGCAGGCGGUGUGGCCUGUGCCUCUCGCGGUGGUUCUCGCAAGUCUGACCUGGCACAAGUGAACGUGCCAUUUCCAGGGUCGAAGGCUGCAGCCCCCUUCCGGAAAAGCCAGGAACGACAGUAUUUUCUCAAGUAUCACAUUGCAAGGAAGCUGGCGAAUGAAGUGAACGUCUCUAGGCAUGAAGACAAACAUAUUCGUCUUGGGCAUUAUACAGACCUAGUGGAUGUGCCCGAAGUUUUGCACGAUAAAUACAAGAAAAUGGAAUUUUUGACAGAAAUCUCUGACAUAUUAUACGAAUGGGUGAAGCAAGAAAACCAGCUGAACACGGAUGAAAUGGCUCAAAUCGCAGUGCAUGGCAUGGUGUGCCGACCGCCGCCUGGCAACUGCGCCUCGCUUAAUAAUCCAGGCACAAAUUGCUGCAUGUAGAACUGCGACAUUUCAUGAAGGUUUUGCCCACU